AUGAAGCUACACAGCCCCCUUUCGCUUGCCUCUCUCAUCUCAGUAGUUCUUGCUCACAGUCAAGACCCCCUUGUUGACCUCGGUUACUCCAUCUAUCAGGGCCUGACGAAUGACACCACGGGCGUUGCUUCUUUCCUUGGAAUCAGGUAUGCGGCACCCCCCACCGGUGACCUUCGCUUUGCCGCGCCUCAGCCGCCGCCCAACAUCACGGGCGUACAACCAGCUGUAUAUCAGCCAAAUGCAUGCCCACAGGCAUCGUAUGGGAGCGAGCCCACAUCUCCGUACCUUAACAUAACGGGGAUGCAGAGGCGAGACUCUACUACACCCGGCUUUUCUGAAGACUGCCUGUUCCUAAACGUCUUUACGCCCGUCGAUGCUCAUAAAAACGCGACUGCUGAUCUGCCUGUACUAGUCUGGAUCCAUGGAGGGGGAUACAUCUCCUGGGGCGCCUAUAUGCACCCUGGCGAAGAUCUUGCGGCAGCAGCGGACAACGGUGCGGUCGUGGUGGUUCUUCAGUAUCGUCUCGGUAUCUUUGGCUUCUUGUCUGGGAACGAAUUCGUUCAAGGUGGCGGAGCACUGAACGCUGGGCUGCUCGACCAGAGGUUCGCUCUUCAGUGGGUUCAGGAUCAUAUCGGCCAAUUUGGAGGUGAUUCCUCUAAGGUGACAAUCUGGGGGCAGUCAGCAGGCGGUGGAUCCGUUUUUCAACACAUUGUUGCCGAUGGCGGAAACACUCAGCCACCCCUGUUUCACCGUGCCAUGGUUAGCUCAAAUUUCAUGCCACCUCAGUAUAUGUACAACGACUCAAUACCUGAGGCUAUCUAUCAGUCUGUCGUUCAAGCGGCGGACUGUGCCACUUCUACUGAGUCGUUGUCCUGCCUCCGUAAUGCAUCAGUGGAUGUACUAGAGAAUGUCAACAACCUGACCAAUUUCAAUGCGCUGUACGGUACAUUCACCACUGUCCCGGUCAUCGACGGAAAGUUAUUCUCCGAGCCGGUAACGGAAACUCUAGUCAAGGGGAAUGUCAACGGGGAGAUGUUGUUAUCUAUAACAAAUGCAGAUGAGGGUGCCAUAUUCAUCGACCCAAAAACCGCCAAUACAACCAGCUAUGUCCAUAAUCUCUUCCCAUAUCUACCCAUAGAUGAAGCUCGCAAAGUCGGAAGUGUAUAUGCGAAUUUUACGACUCCAGGCGGAUCAGGGGACGUUACACCUGCGGUUGCCCAGGCCAGUGGGAUUCUGGGCGAGUCUACUUUCACCUGUCCGACAUAUCUCCUUCUCGACGCGUUCAACAAGGCUGGGAAGCAAGCGUGGAAGGGUCUUUUUGCAGUCCCUCCCGCGCAUCAUGGCGAUGAUCUCGCGUACUACUUCCCAUCCUCCCCAUUCUUCAAUCCGGCGGUCAACGACACCGAGCUCGUUAGCUCGUUUGCCAAGACGUUCCUGAGCGUUGUCAUUAAUGCCGAUCCGAAUACCCACAUUGACUCGAGCGAUGCGACGCCCCGAUGGAGCACAUGGGCUCAAGGGAACACGGAGAUGAUAUUCAAUGUCACAAACGCGAACGAGACGGACAUCAAGGUCAGCAUAACAGAUCCGGAUAUGCUGUCACGCUGCCGCAUAUGGCAAGGACUUGCUCAAUACACUGGCCAUUAAAUGGGAACGAGAUUUUGUAGUGGUAGACAUGUAUGGUAAAAUCA